AUGGCAACUAACAAUCUUCCAACAUUUUACCCAGGAUAAUAAUCAAUGACAAAUGUUUAACCAUCAAUAUUCUAAUAACAAGGAGGACCUAUCUAUUAAGGCAAUCAAGGUAUUCUAUAAGGAUUAGGGUCACCUUCAGUAAUGUAGUAAAAUUAAUAGAUACCAUAUGGAAAUCAAUACGGAUUAAAUGGAAGUAAUUAUGGGGUUCCAUCAUACUAAUCUCCUCAAAGAAUCGUGUCCUAAAGAAUGAUGUAAUAAUCUCCAUAAGUUAUUACAUCUCCUAUAAUUCAACAAUAAGCUCCUCCUUUUUAAUAAUAAGUGCAAUCGAGUGUGCAAUAACCAUCAGUCAUUCACAAUGUUGAGCAUGUCCCAGUCAUUCAUGAACUUCAUCAUGUGAAUCGUCCAAUAAAUGUCAUUUCAGUGGAUGAGAUUGAAGGGCCUUGGAGAAGCAAAGUAUUGUUGUUGGAGAAACAAUUAAUUGAAUUAUAAUUGAUGUUAAAGAAGGGUCCAGUUAAGUAGGUGCAAGCAAAGCAAAUAGUAGUGGAAGACGAAGGAAAAAUCAGAUAACUGUAAAGUGAGGUGGAAAGACUCCAAGCCAUCCUAAGAGAGAAUCAGAAAGAGAUAGAUGAAUUGUAAUAACUCAUAAAUGAUGCUACAUUCAAUCUAGAAAAUGCUGAGGAGUAGGCAUCCUCUCAAGUGGAAGCUCAAUAAGCCGAAUUGGCCAAAUGGAAGAAGAAGUUUUCAGAGUUGAAUAAGAAGUUCCAUGAUAUUGAAGAAGAUAUCACUAUGACUGAGGCUUAAAUAGAGAGUAUUCAGAAAAGAAAAUUGGUCACUCAAACUACAUCUACUGUUAAGACUACUGCCAAAACUUCAGGAGGUACAUAUGGGGAUGGAGAUGUCAGAAAGAGCGGUUUUAGCAAUAGGAAUUAUUGA